AGUCGCUCAAAGCGCAACAAAAGAAGCCAUAGCCGUUUCACUGAGAGGAGAGAAACAAAGCGAAACCCAGAAAUGGCGACCGCUCUGGCAAGCAGAGCUGCGAGCGAUCGAACGCAAAGCCUCUUGAAGCUCUCGUUCAACUUCCUCAGAAGCUUCAGCGCUGCUUCUCCUUCCCCUUCUCCUUCUGCGCAAAACCCUAACGCUUCUUCUUCGACGGCCUCGAAGAAGCCCAAGCGAAAGAAGAAGAAGAACCUUUUCGAGUUGGCUCAGUUCUUGCCCAACUGGGGAAUCGGGUACCACAUGGCGAAGACUCAUUGGACUGGUGUCUCGUACCAGAUCACCAAGAUCAAUCUCUACAAGGAUGGUAAGCAUGGCAAGGCAUGGGGAAUCGUUCAUAAGGACGGCUUGCAAGCUGCUGAUGCACCAAAGAAAAUAAGUGGAGUUCACAAGCGUUGUUGGAGAUACAUUCCAAACUUAUCAAAAUCAAUAGAAAGUGCACCCAACUUGACUAAAUCUACGGAAACUGUCCCAAAAGAAGAAGUUCAAGUAUCUUGAUACUUAUCGAUUAGUUAUAGGUAUUGGUUACCUGACCUUUUAUACUCUGAUCUCCUUUUUUGGCUGAUCUGAAGUGUUUUAGAGUUUUCCUCCAUCGGCAUAGUUGUCUUUCGAUGUAGUUUAUUUUCGAGUCGGUUCUUUCUGGAUGUAUUUGAUGCUCUUUGUAGCAUCUUUGUGCGUUGGAAGCAAACAGACUUUCGGCAUUGCAAAUGGAAAUAUGUUGUCAUAAAUGAAAAGAUUGAGCAUGAUGGAUU